AUGGGAUUAGGCUACAUCUCAAGACUAAUAAUCAGUUUUGCAACAGGUGUUUUCCGGUAAGUGUUAUUAUAUUCUGUGACCUCACUUAACUGGGAUGAUGCCAAAAAAAAAACAGAAAUUCCCCUAGUACUCGUGUUAGUGUGUGCCAUUCAGCUAGAGUGCUGAUGGGCGGAGAAUUGCUGGGAACUUUCAACAGAACUAAACACAGGAACAUAACUUAGAGAUGAGUUAGAAGAGAGAGAGCGGACAGAAAGAUGGAUGCUGGUGAGAAGUGCCCUGUGUGUCAGGACAAACUGAAAGACCCCAUACGGCUCAGCGAAUGUAAACAUGAGUUCUGUCGGAUUUGUCUCCAGGAGUCCAUUCGUUUGAGGAGACAUUGCCCUCUAUGCAGGGUACCAGUGAAUGGUGACCCUCUCACAGCAGUGCCCAGCCAAACAAGACGCUCAAGGGUGAGAGAUGGGUCAAGACGUUCAAGACAUUCCAUGAUUCCCCCCUUCAAUGGUCGCUCUGUUUUUGCUGACAUAUGGAAUCGAAACAGCCAGCUGAUUGCUUUUCCAAACCAGUCUGGCUCUCCCAACCCAAACUUUGCACUCCCCCCUGCCCCUCUCAUCCUACCUGCUGCACCUGCACCUGUCCUGAGAUCACCCCGGCCAUUGUUUUGGACAUCCACUACAGCACAAACUUCAGAUCCUGUUGGCCUACGUCAUAGUAGACCUUUCCGGAAUUCCAACAUUCCUUGGUUGACUAUGUAUAGUCACUCUGACUUCUCCAUGUUACAUGUGCAGAAUCUGCUGAUUGAACAAGCACAGGCAGAGCAAAGAGGACCAAUGCUCAACAACAGUGUGAGGGUGUUUGUUUGUCCCUACUGUCAGCUGGGGGGUAUGGAUGAGCUGGAUCUGCGGGAUCACUGCAAUGCUCACCACCGAUAUGACCCCACCCCCGUGGUGUGUCCUGUGUGCGUGUCACUACCACACGGAGAUGAGAACUAUUACAGCCAGAACUUCAUUGCUCACCUGAAUGUGCGGCACAGUUACUACAGCCAAGACAUCACUGCCAUCCAUCAAAGCGAUGACAUGAAUAUGCAAGUGGCCAUGCUGGAGUCCUUAAUAACUUCCCAUUAAACAGAAUUCUGAUGCUGCUCAAUGCCCUGCAAUACACUGGGAGGGAGUGUAUGUAUACUAUACAAUUGUAAUCAAGAAUUGUAAUCUGUCCAUAUGAUCAGUUGAGUCUUUACACAAAUAUUCAGUGAUAUUCAUCUGUCUUCUGUCAUUAUCAUUGUCGCUACAUGUGUAGGUUUCUGGUGUUUAGUGGUGGUUUUAACAGUAGCAAACGCAACUCACCCCUGACCUCGCCCCCCAGAUUGUAUUCCCUGCCGUCUUUUAAAGGCGGUGUUUCAUGUUGUGGGUAGUAGUGUUUUUGUCAUUAUUAACAAGUCACUGGUCUCUGGAGUUGUACCUUAAAUUUUUAAGCAUGCUAUGGUGCAACCUCUAAUGUUAGACCAAUCUCUAAACUCCUGUUUUUAUUGGAAUACUUUAGAAGGCGAUUUUUAAUCAAUUACAAAGUUAUUUGACUGAGAAUAGGUUUCCUGACAUGUACCAAUCAGGGUUCGGUGCAAUGCACGGCACCGACUCUGCCCUCUUGAAAGUAAUGAACAAUCUGCUGCUCACAGCUGACUCUAAGGGCUGUUUAGUUUUGGUUCUCUAAGAUCUUACUGAUGCGUAGACCCAUGCCAUCAUCUCUUCAGAGGUGUCGUGGAAACCUAAAGCAUAAAGUUAUUGAUAUAUUAUAAUGUACCUUUCUUUUUCUUUUGUCCUAAUGUUUGGGAUUUGUUUCUGCUGGUUUUGUGAUUUUUUGGAUAAAAGACUGAAAUAA